AUGGUAGGUGUGAAAGACUAUACGCAUCCAGUGAUUCAGCAGCAGAUUCGCACGACUACUGUAUACUACGUUUCAACUUGUCAAUCCUGGCUGUCGAAGACCUUUAUACCUGGCCUCAUAGUACUGAUGAUCGCGGUCAUCGUGAAGCGUAUUGCCUUGGAAACGCGUACUUACAAAGACCUUGUGAUGGCAGCUGGUCUUGCGAUUAUAGUGCCCUAUUUCGCGAUCAUAGUGACAACCGCACAACAGCGAGUCGUUGAGAGUGGCCUGGAAGAUCCGAUGCUGAUGGUGGAUGAUUUGAGUAUCAUUGGACGUGGUCACCUGAUGAUUGCGGCUGCCUUGGUAUGUUUCUUGCUGCUGCAAUUCAAUGAAGUGACGGAAGACAUCCUCGAAGAUCUAGAGAAAGAGGCUAAGCAAGUGGAGACGAGCAAGAAGAAGAGAUGAAUAUAGUGAUAUUGAUAAAGUGAAGAAAUUAAGAAGCAUUGUCCAAGUACGGCCUUUCCACUGAAAAUGAUUGAAGCAGCACUUGCGUUCGAUUAUAGAUGGCACGUUUCGCGAAAGUAUCCACAAAUAGUGCGCACAAGCAUCAACGAUGGAUUGAAUGUUAGAUCCUACCAAAUGUGGAGCGUUG